AUGAGAAGAUUAGGUGUAACAAAAAAGUAAAGCUUCAAUGUGAAUGACUAAUUGCGUGAUUUUAAAGAAAUUAAAGAUAAAGAUAAAGAUGAUUUGAAUAAUCUUUCGUUUUCAUUUGAUAAAUCUAACCAUGAAAAUAUUUUACCAGGAUUGAAGAACACUAAUAAAAGCAUAUCUGAAAUCCAAAAAAAUGAGGAGUAAUCUCUAUAUAUAUCUAAAAAUUAAUUGAUACACAGAGAUGAAUAGAGUUUUAGGAUGAAAAUAUAAAAUAAUGCUUAAAGCUAAUUGGAUCAAUCUCAAUUAACUUUUUCAUAAAAUGCUAUAUAACUUCCUGAUAACUCAAGCAUUUUAAUUUCUGAAUAGAAAUUAAAUAAAAGACAAAACUCUAAUAUUUUAGAGAGGUCUAUUUAUGAAUAAAAGAAGAAAAGUAUGUUAGCUUAAAUUAUUUAGUUGCCUUAAACACCUUAAAAAAGUGGUUUUUCAAACAAUAAAUAUUAAUAUUCAAAGCAAGCUAGUAGUAAUAUAGACAAAACAAGUAAUGAAAAAAUCGAAACUAAAAAUUUAUUCUUUUUUAAAAAGACCAAUAUGGUAAAAAAAUUUAUCAAUAGUAUGCUACAAUAUGCAUAAAGUUACAACUUCAAAAACUUAACUCAAAAGUAAUUUGAAAUAUUAAAUGAUUAAAGCUCAGAUUACCAUUAUUAUUAGCAGAGAGGUCUUAUCCAAAAAAAGGAACAAAGUAUUUCUACUCAUUACUUUACAUAAUUUUCCUCGUUGUUGAGAAACUAUCUUGUUAAAAGCGAAAAGCUCAUUCUUUCUCCUGAUUCAAUGUUUUUUAUCAUUUGGGAUAUUCUAACAAUGAUUUUAUGGAUAUUUAUUGUGUUUUAUGUACCUUUUAGAGUCAAUUUUUAGUUGGCUGAGGAAAUUGAACUGCAUGAAACCUUUUCUUAUUUUUAAAUAUUAAUAUUCUGUUUUUUGGUAGCAGAAACAACUAUAAGCUUGAAUAAAGCUGUGUUUAAAAGAGGUAGAAUAAUUGUAAGCAGGGAAUAUAUACUUCGCAGAUACAUGAAGAAAGAAUUUUUAUUUGACUUUUUUAUUUUCUUAUCUUAUUUUCUGUCCACACAUUUUUACGAUCUACGAUAUUUAGAAUAUGUUCUAGAGCUGAGAAUAUUCAGAGUCAUUCAAACUUAUAAGCAGCUAUUUCAGAAAUUUGAUUAAGAAUCAAAAUACAAUAUUUUUAGAAGGAUAUCUUUAUUAGCUUUGGUAGUUCUUACAUUUAUUAAUACACAAGGAUCUAUUUUCGUGUUAUUAGGUUUUUAAGAAAAAUAAUAAUAAUAGUAAAUGAAGUUUAAAAUAGACAACGAUUCUGAUUUUUCUAGAUAUGUAGCUGCGAUUUACUGGUCUACUAUUACUAUGACAACAAUUGGAUAUGGCGAUAUUGUUCCAAUCACAAAUCUUGAAAGGAUUUAUGUUUCUAUAGUUAGUCUGAUAUCUUGCGGAAUAUUUGGAUAUUCGAUUAGUCAAAUAUAAGAAAUAGUAGGGGAAAUUUAAAGAAAAUCUGAAACCUUUAAUAAAAAAAUGCAAGCAUUAAAUAAAAUAAUGAAUUCAAGGUAACUGAAUAAAAAAAUAAUGUAUCAAGUAAUUAAAUACUAUGAGUACUUACACAAAGAAUCUGAUAGCAACUUAGAACAAGAAGGGCUCACAAUGAUAGAAAAUUUACCUAAAUCAAUGAGAGAUAGCAUAAAAUUUGAAAUGAAUCACAAAUACUUAUAUUCUUAAAAGAUAUUUUCUUUAAAUUUCACCAAGCCUUUUCUAAAUGAGCUCUCUAUGAAAAUUAAGUAAUUAAAAAUUGGUCCAGAAACGGAUUUAUAUUAAUUAGGUGAAUUUGAUAAGCGACUCUUCUUUGUGUAAAAAGGUUCUAUUAUGCUAUAUAUUAAAUAAAGUAAUAGUCAAAAGGAGUAUUCAAUUUUGAGCAAAGGUAGCAUGUUUGGAGAAUUAGAAUUCUUUAAUUAAAGCAGUAGAAUGUUCGGAGCCAAAUCUUAGAGCGUUGUAUAGCUUUUAUUUUUGGAUUUUGAGGACUUUUAUUAAAUACUAUAAUAGUAUGAAAAAGAUUUUGAGAGCUAUAAUUUGAUCAAAGAUCAAUUAAGAAUAAAUCAAAAUUAUAAAUUUUUAAACAAAAAAUGUGAAAGUUGUGGAAAAUAUAAUCAUCAUUUUUACAAUUGUAAUUAAUUACAAUAUAUUCCAAAUAUUUAAAAGAUACUUUACAAGUAAAACCUCGAAAUUAAAUAAGAAAGAUAAUAAAAUUUCAAAAGGCAUAGGCAAAAAAGUUCAAAUACUUUUUAAUUUUACAUUAACUCAGGAUCAGAAAUAGAAAAAAUGCUAAAAAAUAGUUAUUAAAGUGAACAAAUUUGUUUAGAGGAUGAAUCACUUUUUUAUCAUGAAGAUAAUGAAGAAAAAGAAUUCGAUUAAAUUAAUUCUCAGACAAAUUUAAGGGAAAAAUAAAAAUCAUUUUAGAAUGAAAGUGUAUACAGCAAGUCAUCCUCUCUAAAUAAACGAUAGAGAGUUAAUUCUAUUAAAAAAGAAGCUUCUAAAGGGAUUAAAAACACAGAACUAUAACCUUAAGUUUUUCUCUCCUAAAAUUAAGAAGAAAUAAAAGCUAAAAAUUCUAUAAAAUUAAGCUUAUUAUAGUAAGAAAGUAUUAUCAAAAAUUAAUAAAAUUACUAAGUUGUUUAAAGUUAAAUAGAAUGUGUUGAUUCUUAUCAUAGUUAGUUAAAAAUAGAAAAUGCACCUUAUUGUAGUAGAGAAGACUCUCUUGACUAAGACAUUUGGAGUGCUAAAAGGAAUAAAUUUUCAAGAUUUUAAACAGAACUUCAAAUCCUUUCAUCAGAAAUAUAAACUUAAAGCUUAGAUAAAUAGUUAAUUUUUUUGUUUUAGCACUUUGAUCGAUUAAAGAAUUAUUAAAUUUAUUUUCCUCAUAACAAUUUGAGAAAUGUAUUAAUUGAAUAUAGAAAAGCAUAAGUUAAAAUUAUAAAGAAAAGAGUAUUUAAAAAUAAUAGAGCAUCAAAUAUCAAUUAAACUAAGCUAAAAAAAGAUAAAUCUAAAAAUUUAUAUAGCCCUUUACUUGAGCAAUCAUUAAUAAGUAUCUCUUGACCAAAAAUAAACUUUAUUUUAAAUAAAUCAAUAUAAUUGCAUUAUUUAUUAUGAUUUUCCUUUUUAGUAUUACAAGCUUAAACAACA